AUGAAUAUCACGCAUCCUCUUGGUAAUGAAGUCAGUACGGCUUCGUUUUCCUGUUAUACAUCCGAAGAAAUUAAGAAGUUAUCUGUCAAAGAAAUAGUUGAUCCUAUUAUAUUUGACGCAGUCGGUAUUCCUAACGAAGGAGGGCUAUACGAUCCCGCCUUAGGUCCUUUCACUCAAAGUGCCUUUUGUGGGACAUGUAAUCUUGAUUUCUAUCGUUGUCCUGGUCAUUUUGGACAUAUAGAAUUACCUGUGCCUGUAUAUAAUCCUUUGUUCUUUGUACAUAGUCUUGCACUUUUGCGAUCAAUAUGUCUCGAAUGCCAUAAUUUUAAACUUAAUUUAUCACAGACAUUCCAGUAUACUGCUAAAUUAAAACUAUUAAAACAUGGGUUGCUCUUGGAAUCACAAAUGGUAGAUGGAAUUGGUUUUAAUAAUUCUUUAUUUAAUGAUAACGAUAUUGAUUAUGAAAACAAUGGCGAUGACAAUUUCAAUAAUUCACCUGAUUCAGUAACGACCGAACAUGCUCGUGCGCUUGAUCAAUUUGUGAAAAUGAGCCUGAAAAAAGGAGACGGAAAGCAUAAGCUUACAGCCAUAAUUGCAGAAAGAAAAAAAAUCAUUUUGGAAUUUCUGCAUACUUGUUCCAAAAUCAAGCAAUGUGGACGUUGCGGCUCCUUUUCUGCAUCAUUUAAAAAGGAAGGAUAUUCAAAAAUUUUUCGAAAGCAAUUAUCUGUAAAGUAUCAAAAAUUACAGGGGGAUCAUUUUGUAAAAUCAAGGAAGAGAAAUUCACAUGCAGAGGAAGUUAUUUCGGAAAAAGAAAUUGAACACGAGCAACAAUAUAUACAUGAUGAAGUUAAUAAUAACACGUCUUCAAAAAUUGGAAAUGAAUUUAUUACCCCCGGAGCUUUGCGUGAUCAUUUUCUUAAGCUAUUUGUGAAUGAAUCCGAACUAUGUACAAUGUUAUAUUGCGCUCAGGGACUUUUAUCAGAUGUUAUGGGUUUUCGUCACAAAUCUCCAAAAACUGUCAGUGCGAAUAUGUUUUUUAUAGACGUUGUUGCAGUUCCUCCUACGCGGUUUCGACCUGCUAACAUUGUCCAUGAUAAGACAAUGGAAAAUCCACAAAAUGAACAUUUAAUAAGGAUAUUGAACGCACGUCAGGGAUUUCUCAAUUACGCUGCAAAGAUGAACGAAAGCAAAAGUCCCGAAAGUCAAGUUGCGGAAGCUCAUAAGGAGAUUUUAAAUAGCUUGAUGAAAGCCUGGAUAGAUUUACAGGAUGCUGUGAAUGGUAUGGUGGAUAAUACCAAAGGAAAUAUACCAACCGCAUAUGGCAAGCAAGCAGCUGCUGGAAUCAAGCAAAUCUUGGAAAAAAAAGAAGGAUUAUUCCAUCCCUAUGUUGAUACUGAUGAAAUAGGUGUUCCGUUAAGAUUUGCCAAAAAACUUACUUAUCCAGAACCAGUUACUGAAUAUAACCUUAGAGAAAUGACUAAUGCUGUUAUUAAUGGACCAGAUAUAUGGCCAGGUGCUACACAUGUCCAACACGAAGAUGGCACUUUAGUAAAUUUGGCUAGUUUACCUUUAGAAUCUCGUAUUGCUCUAAGCGAACAAUUGAUUCGGGAAGAUACUUUUAAAUCACCUUUUACUCAAUACCACAUUAAAGCACAAUGUUUGAAUAAAAAAGUAUUUCGCCAUCUUCGUAAUGGUGAUGCGUUGCUUUUGAAUCGUCAACCUACUCUUCACAAACCUUCUAUUAUGGCUCAUAAAGCUAGAAUUUUAAAGGGAGAAAUGACAAUCCGAAUGCACUAUGCAAAUUGUAAUUCUUAUAAUGCAGAUUUUGAUGGUGAUGAAAUGAAUAUGCAUUUUCCUCAGAAUGAAAUUGCUCGUGCUGAAGCUAUGAUCAUUGGUAAUACUAAUAAACAAUAUCUUGGACCUACUUCUGGUAAUCCCUUGAGAGGUUUGAUCCAAGAUCACGUGGUUACUGGUGUAUGGAUGACUUGCAAAGAUACGUUUUUUAUUAAAGGUGAUUAUCAGCAGAUUGUGUUUGCUGCGUUGAGACCCGAUCCCCGCGAUACAAGAAAAGUUUUGAUCGUUCCACCAGCUAUUUACAAACCGAAACCAUUAUGGACUGGCAAGCAAAUUAUAACGACAGUAUUAUUAAAUUUGACAAGAGGUCGUGCACCUCUUAAUUUGAAAUCGAAAAAUAAGAUUUCAGCUAAAUAUUGGGGAUGGAGUGCUUCUGAAGAAGAUACAGUUAUUUUCAUGGAUGGGGAACAUCUAACAGGCGUACUUGAUAAAUCACAAUUUGGUAAUACUUCUUUUGGUUUGAUUCAUUCUUGUUAUGAAUUAUAUUCUGCCGACAUUGCAGGGCAAUUUUUAAGUAUUUUGGGAAGAUUGUUUACGGCUUAUAUACAAAGAUGUGGUUUUUCUUGCCGUAUGGACGAUUUGCGUUUAACUCCUGAAGGAGAUUUAGAAAGGAAACUGUUAAUGGAAAAUAAUACAGACAUUGGAAAAUGGACUGCAUUCGAAUACGUUGGAAUGAAACACGUUCUCGAUAAAUCAGAUUUACCAAAUGUUGAUAAAGAUUUUAAAAAUAUGAUGGAAGAAGUAUUGAGGGAUACUGAAAAACAUCAAGGAUUAGAUGCUGUCAUGAAAUCAAGAGUGAAUAGAUUGACAUCAUCAAUUAUUAGCACUUGUAUUCCGAGAGGAUUGUUAAAAUGCUUUCCAUAUAAUAAUAUGCAAACAAUGACGAUAUCUGGUGCAAAGGGAACAAACGUUAAUGUGUCUCAAAUUUCUUGCUGUUUAGGUCAGCAAGAAUUAGAAGGUCGUCGUGUACCAGUGAUGAUAAGUGGUAAAACUCUUCCGUCGUUUCGACCUUAUGAUCCUUCUGCACGUGCGGGAGGCUUUAUUGGUGGUCGUUUCUUGACCGGGAUUAAGCCUCAAGAAUAUUUUUUCCAUUGUAUGGCUGGUCGUGAAGGACUUAUAGAUACGGCUGUAAAGACAAGUCGUUCAGGAUAUCUUCAAAGAUGUCUAAUAAAGCAUCUAGAAGGAUUACGCGUUCACUAUGAUCAUACAGUUAGAGAUGUAGAUGGCUCGGUGAUUCAAUUCAAUUAUGGAGAAGAUUCACUUGAUGUUGUCAAGCAAAAGCAUCUUAAUAAAUUUCAAUUUAAUGCUGAAAAUCACAAAGCGUUAAUACAAAAGUAUGAUAUAAUCAAAGCACCUUUAUUAUUUGAUAUUUCAAAAGCUUCUCUUCAUGCAAAGAAAGCUGCUAAAAAACCUGAGAAAUACGAUCCAGUACUUUCAAUAUACUCUCCGAGCAGAUAUCUAGGUUCUGUUUCUGAGAGUUUUCAUAAUGCGUUGGAAAAGUAUGUGAAGGAGAACCCUGAUAAUCUGUUUGGUGAAUCCCUCAAAGAAAGUUCAUUGACUGGACCAGCAUUUACAAAACUCAUGCAUCUUAAAUAUUUGCAUAGUCUAGUUGAACCUGGCGAAGCAGUUGGAUUAUUAGCUGCUCAAGGUAUUGGAGAACCUUCAACCCAGAUGACUUUAAAUACUUUUCACUUUGCUGGUUUUGGCGCAAAAAAUGUUACACUUGGUAUCCCUCGUCUUCGCGAAAUUAUAAUGACAGCUUCUGCUAAUAUCAAAACGCCCAUGAUGACUCUUCCUUUACGAAGCCAUGUUUCUGAUGAAGAUGCCAAGAACUUCUGUCAAGAAAUUAAUAAAUUAACUCUUUCUGAAGUUAUAGAACAAAUGACAGUACGUGAACAAAUUAUACGAAAACAAGUUGAUUCUGGAUCAACCGAAACAAUACGUAAAAAAAUGUAUACAAUUCGUAUGGAAUUUUAUCCAAAACACGAAUAUAAAGAAGAAUUUAAUAUUUUUCCAUGUAAUAUUGAGGAUGCGAUUGAAUUAAAUUUUAUUAAAUAUCUUGAAUUUUCCAUAAAGAAAGAGGUUAAGCAUGCUAGUAAUAUAAACGACCAAGUUGAUGUUGAUUUUGAUUUUGGAAAGCCGCUCAGAAAAUCAAAGGAAUUAAGAAACGAAUCAUUUGAUGAAAGCGCACCUAUUCGAAACGCUGGCGGAGAUGAAUCAGAUGAUGGGGAUGGUGAUGCAACAAAUGCAAAGGUUCGUUUAAGAACUCGAGAACAUGCUACAUAUGAUGCACCUGAUGAGGAUGAUUUAGAGAUUAUCCGACAAACCCAAAGGGCUAUUCCCGAUGAAGAGGAUUUCGAAAUGACAUAUGAAGAUGAGCAUCCUAAUGGAUUAAGUGAAGAGCAUGAGCAUGAUAUAAGCACGACAAGCACAUCUUCACGUCGACAGAGAAAUAAUAGAGUUGUAAAUGGAUUAAAGGAUAGAAGUGACAGAAUUAUAUUGGGUUCAACUUAUGUCACUAAUUAUCGCUUUGAUUAUGAAAAUGGCAGCUGGUGUAUGGCGCAAUCUGCAAGCAAAAAAGCAGUUAUACAUGAAAUUCAUGGUAUUUCAAAAUGUUAUCCUAUUGAAAACGAAUCUCAUGAUGAUGCUUCAAAAAUCGUUGCAACGGAGGGUGUUAAUUUCUAUAGUAUUUGGAAAUAUGACAAUAUAAUAGAUUUAAAUAACAUUUAUUCCAAUGAUAUAGCUGCUAUUCUUAAUACUUAUGGCAUUGAGGCAGCAAGGGCAGCUAUUCUAAAGGAGAUUUCGGGUGUUUUUGCAGUAUACGGUAUUGAUGUAAACACCAGACAUUUGACUUUAGUUGCUGAUUAUAUGACUUUUGAAGGAAAGUACAAACCAUUUAAUAGAAUUGGUUUAGAUACAAGCACAUCUCCUUUAUUAAAAAUGAGUUUUGAAAGUACAUGUUCUUUUUUAACACAAGCUACUCUUCAUGGAGAUACUGAUUUAUUGGAUUCUCCAUCAGCAAGAAUAGUAUUAGGUAAAGUUAUUCAAGGUGGAACUGGAUCUUUUGAAGUUAGAGUUCCAUUUGAACCAGUUUUAAAAUAUCUUAAAACUUGA